AUGCAGCUCCUCAAGCUUUCUGUCUUCUUGGCCCUUGCCGCUGCUGCCGUUGCGAGUCCAAUCCAGCUUGAGAGUCGCAGCCUGUUCGGUUGCUACAGGGAUGUCGCCGCCACUCAGGUAGACUGUCUCGAAGCUUGCGGUGAUACAUCCGCCACCGACUGCACCAAUGCCUGCUCUCUUGCCGCGACCCAGGGCUACCUCGCGUGCAAUAACAACUAA